AGAAAAAGACUAAAAAGGUGUUUACAAAAUCAGAAAAACGGCGUGUGUUUCGGCGAAGACGCAACGAUCGGACGGCUGCGCAGCGCUGUAAAAAUUAUAAUGAAUGAAAAAUCCGUAGCGACAAACAUAGAGAAAGACCUUGUGGAGCUUAAUAAUACGAUGAAAACUGAUAGUUUAAUAAUUGUGACCGGCGACGGCGAGAGUGCACCCGUGGAAAGUGAUGAAGUAAAGAACGUAAUUCUUGAGAAUGCCAUUUCUGAAACCGGCGCCAACGAGGAUGUCCGUGAGGAAGAGAGAGAUGAAUAUAGUGUGGCAUCGGGCGACAGUCUGGCGCAAAGUUCCGGCGAACUUUAUAAAGAUGAUGAAAUUACCGAGAAUGGCCUUCGGAACAAGCAGAUGCAAGGAUUUUCGCGAGAAGCAGAGUGUGUGCAGUUGGAAAUUCAACACUUAAAAAAAUUGGAGAACCUAUAUAUAGCUCGCAAGCGUGUUGCCGAGCUUGAAGCGGAAGUGCAGCUGCUGGAAGGAGGAUCAAAAAGAGCAAGUAAAAGUGAUGACAUCGAUAUCAAAGAUGUUGAAGCCUUGGUGAAUUGCUUUUCAGGAGACGAUGGCUACCCAAUACAACAGAUGAUCCAUAUUAACCCGAUGACAUGGACUGCCCUGCGCAGGAGCUGCUAACGGUCUUCGAAAAGAAAAUGACGGCGUGGGACGUAAUCAAACAAUUGGAAGCUAAAAAUAAAUCUCCAAAUGAAAGCGCAAUCCAGUAUUACAUCGCUAUGUGUGGUAUCUCCAAGCAAGCAAUUUUGGCAGACUCUGACGUCAUUCGCGCAAUUGUGAGUGGGCUUCAAGACAAGACCGGAGCUGCUACUGCCUUAGCCUUUUGCGAGUCCUUGGACGAAUUGCGUAAAAAGAUCACCAUCUACGAUAAAAUAAAGACUCCAGAUCAGCUUAUAACCCGUCGGGACUCCGACACCAGCAAAGUGAAGAUGACCAAUACGGCAAUCCCUCAGCAAGGACCUAUGGCAGCGCGGUGCUUCAAUUGCAGAAAAAUGGGGCAUUUGAUGAACGAGUGCAGACGCCCAAAAAGACCGGAAGGCGCCUGUUUCAACUGCUAUAGCCAGGACCACAAGUAUCAGGACUGCCCAAAGAAGAGAGCUGUUACUACGGUAGCUGCCGUGCAAGAUGACGAACUGGAGGACACCGAGGACCUAGCGGCUGUUCAGUCUGUUAAGUUAUGACUUUUUGAGGGUGAAGAGAGAUGUAUUACUGUUUUAAGUUUGUUUGACACAGGAAGUCCAGUCAGCUUUAUUCAAAAAUCAUUAAUUCCAAAUAAUGUUAAAUUUAAAUCGCAUAGAAGCAAAUACCACGGUAUAGGUGGGCAACAAAUAUUAAUUUUUGGAGAAAUUAUAUGCUGUAUAUAUUUUCAUGAUAAAGCUUAUAAAAUUGCAUUUUUAGUUUUAGUUGUAGAAGAUACAUUAUUACCACUGCCAACUCUAUUGGGCCGAGAUUCAUUAAAAAUCAUGGACGUCCAAUUAAUACAUAAAAAACGAAUAAAUGCUGAAUAUAAAUUUUCAAAUAAAAUAAAAAAUAAUUACAAUAAUAACUCAUUUUGUGCAUCUCUUUUCACCAGUAAACAUAUAACCAAUUAUAAUAAGGAUAGUAAUUUAAGUAAUCAGAAUAAUCAAGAAGUAAACCAAAGAAAUAUCCAAAAUAAUCAACUAGAAUUAGAAAAUUUUUUAGUAAAUACUUAGCAUAUACGGAAGAAAAUGUAGACGAGUUAAUUAGCAUAGGGUAUGAAUUCGGAAAAAUAGCCAAAGAAAAAUGUAGGAAAGUAGUAAAAACACAUUAUUUAAGCAAAAAUGUCGAUUAUAAGAAAGUACCUAUUUACCAGAUGACCAUUAGGGUUACAGAUACAACACCAUUCCAUUGUUCACCCAGGCGUCUGUCAUAUUAUGAAAAAGAGAAAGUAGCGGAAAUAAUUGAUGAUCUUCUUGAGAAAAAUAUAAUUAGGAAUAGUAAAUCUCCUUAUGCGUCUCCCAUAGUUUUGGUUAAAAAGAAAUCGGGCGAGACUAGAAUGUGCGUAGAUUAUAGAGGAUUGAAUAAGCGAAUAGUUAAAGAUAAUUUCCCAUUACCGUUGAUUGAAGAUUGUUUAGAAUACCUGGAAGGCAAGAUAUGUUUCUCAAUAAUAGAUUUCAAGAGUGGUUUCCACCAGAUAGGUGUAGAUUCACAAAGUAUUCCGUAUACCUCAUUUGUAACUCCUCAGGGACAAUAUGAGUAUUUAAAAAUGCCAUUUGGUUUAAAAAACGGAUCAGCCAUUUUUCAAAGAUUUAUUACAGAAGUAUUAAUGGACUUUAUUCCGAACAAGCUUAUAGUAGUGUAUAUGGAUGACAUAGUGAUAGCAACUAAAACCGUAGAGGAACAUUUAGAGAUCUUGAAGAAGUUAUUAAAUCGUAUUAGUGAAAACAAUUUAGAGAUUAACCUAAAAAAAAUGCAACUUUUUAAAACCUGAAUGUGAAUUCCUUGGCUAUAAAGUCAACCGUAGUGGGAUAACACCUAGUGAAGCGCACCUUGAUGCAUUAAAAAAUUUCCCUAUACCACAAAACUUGAACACCCUUCAUUCAUGCUUAGGAUUUUUCUCAUAUUUUAUGCGUUUUGUGUUAUCCUUUGCAAAAAUAGGGAAACCUCUUACGGAGGUGGUCCAUUCCCCUUAAAUGAAGAACAAUUAAGAGCGUUUAACUUGUUAAAGACCAUUUUAUCAAAUCCACCAGUAUUGGCCAUCUUUAAUCCUAAACGUGAGACUGAACUGCAUACAGAUGCAAGCUCACAUGGCUUUGGUGCCGUUCUCAUGCAGAGACAAGAUGAUGGCAAGAUGCAUCCAGUAUUAUUCUAUUCGGGGAAAACUAAUGCAGCUGAAGCUAGGUAUCAUAGCUUCGAAUUGGAAACCCUAGCGAUUAUUAAUGCACUACGUCGAUUUAGAGUCUAUUUGGAGCAUAGGCAUUUUAAGAUUGUGACAGAUUGCAAUUCGUUAGUGCAGACAUUGAGCAGGAAAGCCAUAAACCCUAAGAUAGCGAGAUGGUCAUUGGAAUUGGAAAACUAUCAAGUAAAUUAGAAUUUCGAGAAAAAUCCAUAUUAGAGUUGAUUAAAGUAGUGGGGGUGGUAGGAGCAACUCCUAGGGAUGUUGACCUGAUACUGUAAACUGAGCAGAUGCGUGACCCUGAGAUAGUUAAAAUACGAACAGCCGUAGAAGAAGGAAAUUGUACUUCGUUUGAAUUACUAGAUGGCGUUAUUUAUAAAAAUAACAGUGAUGAAUCUUUAUGUCUGUAUGUCCCAAAAUGCAUGGAAGAACAAAUAAUUAGAUUAUCACAUGAAAAAUUAGGUCACCUAGCUGCUGAAAAAUGUAUGAAUGAUUUAAAGAAAAACUAUUGGUUCCCAGCUAUGAAAAGCAAAGUAACAAAUUUUAUAAGAAAUUGUUUACCAUGUAUAUUACACUCAGUACCGAAGACUAUUCAUAAUCGCACACUGCUUAGUAUUCCAAAACCAUGUAUACCCUUCCAUAGUUUACAUAUAGAUCAUUUAGGACCUUUGCCAAACAUACAAUCAAAAAGAAAACACCUUCUUGUAGUCAUUGACUCAUUUACAAAAUUUGUUAAAUUAUUCCCAGUAAACAGCACUAGUUCUCGGGAAGCCAAGGAUUCACUUAGCAGGUAUUUUAAAUUUUAUAGCCGCCCUAAACGAAUUAUUUCGGACCGAGGAUCUUGUUUUAACUCUCUAGAAUUUUCAACAAUCCUUUAAGAGCGUGACAUAGAGCAUAUUAAGGUGGCCACAGGUGCACCUCAGGCCAAUGGGCAAGUGGAAAGGGUGAACAGAAUUUUAACUCCUAUGUUAGGUAAAUUAUCUGAGCCAAUAGAGCAAGCAGAUUGGUAUAAAUUAUUAAGCAAAGUAGAAUUCGCAAUUAAUAACUCUAUUCAUAGUAGCACUCAAAAAUCUCCCAGUAUGUUAUUAUUUGGUGUCCCACAAAAGGGCCCCAUAGUAGAUGAAUUGACAGAAUAUAUCGAGGAAAAGUUUAAUUUAGAGCAGCAAGAUCUAGGUACAAUUCGUUCAGAUGCUAAUAAGAAUAUCCUGCAGUCACAAUAUAAGAAUGAACAGUAUUAUAAAAAGAAACAUAAAGCCCCAUUAGAAUAUAAAGUUGGAGAUUUCGUAGCUAUACGUAAUAUUGAUACAACACCUGGAAUAAAUAAGAAAUUUGCACCUAAGUAUCGUGGCCCGUAUAAAGUAAAUAGAGUAUUUGCUAAUGACCGUUAUGAAAUUGUUGAUGUCGAUGAUUGUCAAUUAACACAAUUACCAUUUAAGAGUUUAUUAGAACCUGCCAGAUUGAAACAUUGGACAAACGCUGUAAACUAUACUAUAGCAUUACUAUUGUAGAUCGAGGUCGAUCUUAUAGUCAGGUUAGCCGAAUGUAAACAUUGUAUUAUUUUAAAUACUAAGUAUGGCAAAUAUCGAUAGAUAUAAGAAUAGUAUAAGAAGAGUAAUCGAUGUAUAAGAAGAGUGAUCGAGAAUAAGGUCACUUAAUAAAGAACAGAGAAGCGAA